AUGGCUGUGAAGGUUCUGUUGGGUCUGCUGCUCCUGCACAUUGCCACCGAGGUGGCAUUCGCCUGCACAAACAGCCUCUGCCCGGAGGUCACAAAUACGAAUUCCCUGUGUAGCGGAACGCUGCGCUAUCAAUGCGUCUGCGACUUCACCUGCUCCGAGUGGGACAAGCCCUGCAAUUGGUGUCUCACUUGUCCGGCGGAGAUCCAAAGUAUCAACGCGGUUCGCAAUCAAAAGAACAAGCUACCUGUUUUUGGACUACCCAAUCGCAGCCAUAAGCAGUGCCUGGACAUUAAUAUCCUGACAAAUAAGAACUCCAAUUGUUGUGACAAGUUCUGCCAAUUGAAUUGCAAAGAUGUCUGUUUCUAA